AUGCCAGAGUUGAGAAGUGGAGCUAGAAGGUCGAAACGGCUUGGAGAUCUUCAGCCUGGUCCAUUACCUGUUGAGCAAGGAGAGAAUUGGGCACAACCUGCUCAGAAUCGAACUAGGAGGAGAGUUGGAGGUGGAAGAGGAAGAGGUGGUAAUGCCACAGCUGUAGGCAAAGGGCCUUCACCAGCUGUACCCACAAGGAGAACUGCAGCUGGUAGAGGCCGUGGAGCAAGAUUGAUUGAUCUGGACCCUGAACCUUGUGAAGUGUUGCCAGAACCUGUUGCUUUAGGGGUUCCGGAACCAGUUUACAAUCACGUAGAAGUAGUGGCCAAUAAUAAUAUUGUAAUGGAGGGUGGGAGUGCAGAUAAGGUGGCAGUAGCUGAGGAAGAACCCAGCACAACUCCUGUUCCCGAGAGGGUACAAGUUGGUAACUCUCCUAUAUAUAAGAUAGAAAGGAAAUUGGGUAAGGGCGGUUUUGGUCAAGUUUAUGUUGGCCGAAGGGUAAGUGGGGGCUCUGAUCGAACAGGUCCUGAUGCGGUUGAGGUUGCACUUAAGUUUGAGCACAGAAACAGUAAAGGUUGCAAUUAUGGGCCUCCUUAUGAGUGGCAAGUUUACAGUACUCUGAAUGGCUGUUAUGGAAUUCCCUGGGUUCAUUACAAGGGCCGACAAGGAGAUUUCUACAUUUUGGUCAUGGACAUGCUUGGGCCCAGUCUUUGGGAUGUAUGGAAUUCUCUUGGCCAAUCAAUGUCACCUAGUAUGGCUGCUUGCAUUGCCGUAGAGGCUAUAUCAAUUCUUGAGAAGCUGCACUUGAAAGGGUUUGUGCAUGGUGACGUGAAACCAGAGAACUUUCUACUCGGGCAGCCUGGAUCUGCUGACGAUAAGAAACUAUAUCUUAUUGAUCUUGGUCUGGCUUCUAGAUGGAAGGAUGCAUCAUCUGGUCAACAUGUUGAUUAUGACCAGAGACCUGAUAUAUUCAGGGGAACAAUAAGGUAUGCUAGUGUACAUGCACAUUUGGGCAGAACUGGAAGUCGAAGGGAUGAUCUUGAGUCUCUGGCAUACACUCUAAUAUUUCUCAUAAAAGGGAGAUUACCUUGGCAGGGUUAUCAGGGUGACAAUAAAAGCUUUCUUGUUUGUAAGAAAAAGAUGGCCACUUCCCCGGAGUUGAUGUGUUGCUUUUGUCCUGCUCCAUUUAAGCAGUUUCUUGAAGCUGUUACUAAUAUGAGAUUUGAUGAGGAGCCAAAUUAUUCCAAGCUUAUAUCAUUUUUUGAAAGCUUGAUUGAACCGUGCACUCCAUUGAGACCUAUCAGAAUAGAUGGAGCUUUAAAGGUUGGUCAAAAACGAGGUAGGAUGCUUAUAAAUCUGGAAGAAGAUGAGCAACCUAAGAAGAAAGUGCGAUUGGGGAGUCCUGCUACUCAAUGGAUAUCAGUGUAUAAUGCACGCCGUCCUAUGAAACAGAGAUAUCACUAUAAUGUUGCAGACACUAGGCUCAGGCAACAUGUCGACAAGGGUAUUGAGGAUGGGUUGUAUAUAAGCUGUGUGGCCUCUGCAGCAAAUUUGUGGGCUCUAAUCAUGGAUGCAGGAACUGGUUAUUCUUCACAAGUUUAUGAGUUAUCUUUGGCCUUCCUGCACAAGGAUUGGAUAAUGGAUCAAUGGGAAAAAAAUUACUACAUCAGUUCAAUCGCUGGUGCGGUUAAUGGGAGUUCCUUGGUUGUCAUGUCCAAAGGAACUCCUUUCACGCAGCAGUCCUACAAAGUGAGUGAAUCGUUUCCUUUCAAAUGGAUAAACAAGAAGUGGAAAGAAGGAUUCCAUGUUACCUCAAUGACUACUGCUGGCAGUCGCUGGGGUGUUGUUAUGUCCAGGAAUUCUGGGUAUUCUGAUCAGGUUGUCGAGAUUGACUUUUUGUAUCCAAGUGAAGGAAUCCAUCGUCGAUGGGAGAAUGGUUACCGGAUUACUUCUAUGGCUGCGACUAGUGAUCAGGCAGCCUUCAUACUGAGCAUACCAAAACGCAAAUUGCUUGAUGAAACUCAGGAGACACUUCGUACAUCUGCUUUUCCUAGUACCCAUGUUAAGGAAAAAUGGGCCAAAAAUCUCUACAUUGCCUCUAUAUGUUAUGGGCGAACUGUUUGCUAG